CUCUCCUUCACAAUUCAACCACCAAACUAUAAAUCCAGGAUGAAGUUAUCCAGACUACUUCAAUUACCCCUAGCUCUCGCGCCGUUAUUGGCCCCAGUAGCAGCAGAACAUACCAGCAACUGGGCCGUCCUGGUGUCAACAUCCCGAUUCUGGUUCAACUACAGACAUCUUGCAAAUGUGCUCUCCCUCUACCGAACGGUCAAGAGACUUGGAAUACCCGAUUCACAAAUUAUCUUAAUGCUGCCCGAUGACAUGGCAUGCAAUCCCCGCAACGCUUUUCCAGGAACAGUCUACAGUAAUGCAGAUCGAGCGGUGGAUCUGUACGGAGAUAAUAUCGAGGUGGACUAUAGAGGCUACGAAGUUACAGUGGAGAACUUCAUUCGUUUAUUGACGGAUCGAGUCGGAGAAGAGAUGCCAAGGAGCAAGAGGCUGUUGACCGAUGAUCGAAGCAACAUCUUGGUGUAUAUGACUGGCCAUGGAGGAAACGAGUUCUUGAAGUUCCAGGAUGCGGAGGAAAUCAGUGCAUUUGAUUUGGCGGAUGCGUUUGAACAGAUGUGGGAGAAGAAAAGAUACCACGAAAUCCUCUUCAUGAUCGAUACAUGCCAAGCGAACACGAUGUACAGCAAAUUCUACUCUCCCAAUAUCAUCGCAACAGGAUCUUCGGAAAUUGAUCAGUCCUCAUACUCCCACCAUGCAGAUAACGAUGUCGGUGUUGCAGUUAUCGACCGAUACACAUAUUAUAACCUAGAUUUCUUAGAGACACAAGUCAGGGAGCCAAACAGCAAGAAGUCUUUGGGAGAUCUUUUUGACAGCUAUGAUGAGUCCAAAAUCCACUCUCACCCAGGCGUUAGAUGGGAUUUAUUCCCUGGUAAAGAGCAAGGGGGUCGAGAGAGACUCGUGAUGGAUUUCUUCGGCAAUGUACAGAAUGUGGAAGUCGAUAGUGUUGGAAAUGACACUGAAUGGAAGGAAGACUUACUUGCUCUUGGCAAGAAGAUUGCAGAGCUACGGGAACGAGCUGAAGCCGCAGAGGUGGCGGAGAAGAAUACCAACGUACCUAAUCCGUCCGUGGGUACCCAUACAUCGCGAAAGAUCAGAGCUGCGAAAGUCCAGGUUGACGACAAAUGGUGGGGAAAGAAAGCGGUUGGUGCUUGGGCUUUAGCAGGAUGCUCUAUGGUGUGGUUUCUGGGCACAUAUCUAGAGUCAUCAUAGAGUUUCGCCUUCUAUUUAUGCAAUUUGAAUUUCUAAGCCAAAUCUUCCCUUGGUCUGGACCAGUGUCAACGUGCCAGCGCUGCAUCUGCCAAGUCUAUUUACAUUUCGAAUCCAUUUUAUGAUCUUUU